CUUAGCGGGUGAUUUCAUACUAGUCUGUACGACGAAGAUUACUAGUUCAGAUCUUAUUUUGUGAGAAAAUUUUAAGAGGAAAAGGAAGCAUCACCUUUGCCAAGGAUUUAUUUACGUCCAUCGGAUACUUAUAUUCCAAGGACGGAACUUUUAAGAUGGAGAUGAAGUGUUUAACGUUAAAGGAUUUGCUUAGUGUGAGGACACUAGUGAAUAAGAGUGAAACUGGCAACAUCAAUGAGCAGAAAGAGAACAUCUGCAUGGACCGAAGGAAAAUGACCCCACUGAAGUGUGAGCCUGUGAAUGGACAUAAGAGAGUUUCCAGCCCAGAUAUCACCCAUAUGACCCCCAAUAAACACACAGAGAGGGUCCAUCCGGACCCCUGGACCCCGACAGCCAACCUGAAGAUGCUGAUCAGUGCUGCCAGCCCAGAUAUCCGUGACAGAGACAUGAAGAAAACCCUCUUCAGACCCCUUGAGAAUGAAGAGAAGGCUGUAGAGGACGAUGAAGAGGAAGAACUCGACGACUCGUGUCAGUAUGAAGCGUUAGAUGAUUCUGAGAGGAGGCCCAGCCGUAAACAGAAGAGUUUGGGGCUUUUGUGUCAAAAAUUUCUGGCCUUGUACCCUGAUUACCCAGAAACCUCUGAAGGCGUCAAUAUUUCUCUGGAUGAGGUGGCCUCACGCUUGAGCGUUGAGAGGCGACGCAUCUACGACAUUGUGAACGUGCUGGAGUCUCUGAUGCUGGUGAGCAGAGUGGCUAAGAACCUGUACGUGUGGCACGGACGCUCAGCUCUGCCACAGACCCUGCAGGAUCUCCAUCAGACGGGACGUGAGCAGGGCUACCAUCUGCAGAUGGACCAGAGAGAAGGAAGCAGCCCGUGUGCCGCCCACCACAUGCAAAACACACACUCGGCCUCCAGCAGACGAAAGGAUAAAUCGCUCCGUAUCAUGAGCCAGAAGUUUGUCAUGCUGUUUCUGGUGUCCAAAACACGGACCGUUACCCUCGACACAGCUGCUAAGAUCCUGAUCGAAGAGGGCCAGGAUGAGUCCAGCCACAGCAAAUAUAAAACUAAGGUGAGACGUUUGUAUGAUAUCGCGAAUGUCCUGACCAGCCUGAAUCUGAUCAAGAAACUUCAAGUGCGAGAGGAAAAGAGUCGUAAACCUGUCUUCAAAUGGAUCGGACCCGCCGAUUUCCACAGCAGCAGUGAUUCAGAUGAUUUGAGAGUCUCAGCAGCUCAGAUCAGCACCGCCGGGGAACGACGGGAGAAGAUGAUGCGUCACUCCUCCUUUCAGGUCAUUCCUGCACCUCCUGUCAAUCAGAGGCGGAUAAGCUCCGCCCCCAGCACGCCUCACAGACCUUCUACGGACGAGCCGGUGGAUUAUUCUAGGAAGAGAGAGAACACCAGCGCAGUGUGUCAGCUGCGGUUUGGAGACGGUGUCCCGGCGAGUGGAAGUCCUGUAGUGUUGUCUCCUGGACUGGCGUCACUAGCAGUCCCUCUUCAGAUGGACGUCCCGUAUACAUCACAUCCUGUUUCUGCCCAAUUCGCUCCUCACCCGUUAGCGUUCCUGCCCGGUCUGCCACAGACACCCCUACUCAUGGUGUACAGCGGACACGUCCCAGACGCCGUUGCCCAGAAGUCAUCCGUCUCAGGCCACAGGGAGGAACAUCUGAAGAAGAGAGAGAGACAAGAGGAAGAGGAGGAUGAUCAGGCAACUAAACGAAGCAAACGCUCUGCUUCCAUAGAAAGUGAAAUGGGUGAGACUGAGAGUCUGAGAAGGUCUCCAGUCUGCUCUCGAGAAGGUUCUCCAUGGGACGAGGCCUCGUUCGGGCCGAUGAAUGAGGAAGAUGCAGGAGUGCUGUCCUCUCAUUACCUCUAUGUUCCCAACACAGCAGGUCUGAACGGUUUGAACUUCCUCAUGCCAGCGGGACACACACAGGGUGGCGUGCCAGCUGUAGCCAUGCCGUAUUUUUUGGUGCAUUCGCCCACCUCUGGUGCUGAGGGGGCGGCCAGCAGCGGUCUGAGUUUCAGCAUGCCCACCGUGUUGUCACCGGCUCGUUUUGUGAUGGCAGGAGGGGCGUUUGGUGUGGUGGAAACACUGAACAGCCCUGAGCAUCAUGGGCACAGAUUACCAGCAGCCACACUCUCUCCAGAGGGGCCACGAGCACAAGGAAGCCCUCAGUCAGCGCAAACACAGACUCCUGUGACCCCAAAGGAAGCGGCAGUGGGGUCCAAAUCUUUCUUCGAGACGCCUGGAGCCUUUGGGUGUCUCAGCGCACCACCAGCGGCCCGCAAAAGAGGCUCCGCCCAGAGGAGGCUGGACAUCGAGCAUGCCUCAGCCAAUUAAAUUAGCCGCUAUAUGUGUGUCAUCGUGUUUUCAUGCUUCUGUGGUGCUAGAGUGCCAAAGACAGAAACAGCAUUACACCACAAAAUUUGACUUGAAAUAAUUCUCUGGAAAUGAACACUUCCUUGUGUUAUUGGAAAGUCUGUUACACACACUCUUGUGGCUGUUUAUGAUUUCCCGCCGCCACUUUUGAUAGUGUUUUGGAGUUCUAUUGACAUCCUACCAGUAUAUUUCCUGAUUUUGUUUACCGUUACUAUUUAUUAAAGUAUUCCAGAGGCUAAAAUCAUCAAUCCAGCUUUAGCACUACGUAUUUAAAAAUGAAAAUGAAUGAUUGGUCUGGAUUGGCAUCUGAGAAAAAGAAACUAGUCAGAUCUGCUCUAUAGGAUGUUCACUAUCUCACAGGGAUCUCACAGUUUCUCGAAGUGCCAUAUUGGUGAAGCCCACGUGCCUUAGAAAUGUAUUUGGUGCAUGAUGCCUUCGCCACAGAGAAUGAAUGGAUUCUGAGUGUAUUUGUAAUAAGGAACAUAAUAAUGGUUGUAAUUUUUGACACUGUUAUAGUUUGAGGUGCUACAUCUGUGAAACCAACAGAAAACAAAGACAUACUUGAACAACCAGUGAAUAUGAUCCGCAGUCACUGGAGCAAAGCAGAAAUAUCACAGUACUGUACUGUUUGGAAGCAAAGUAUGUUUACGUCUGAACUUCUUAGUAGACUAGUAAUAAAUUAUUUUGGGAAACUGGAUUGAAUUUUGCACCACGAUCCAUAUAGCUGUACAGUAUUUACAGGUACUUCACUGUACUGUGACUCGUAGAGUUAAAUAUUUGUAUAUGUGUUAUUUUUUGUAUCCGUUAGUGUUUAAAUGUCUUGGUUGGAUGUUUAAAGCUGCACUGCUGAAUCUGUAUGGUGCUUCUUUGUUUGUCAGCUGUAUUUUCAAUCAUAUUAUGUAUGGACACAGGUGUCAUACAUGUAUUACAAAAUAAAUGUAUGUAAAAUGUAA